UUUUUAUUCCUUAAUUCUCUACUCCUCAAAAUAUCUAAAACAUCAAACCAAAAGAUUCAAAAUACUCUCUGUUCGGCUCUCUCUCUCUGAUGUCUUCACCUUUACGCGCCACCACCACCACAACAACAACAACCAACCCUUUCUUCGCCACCCGCCGCCCAUGGAGCGAACUAAUCAAAUUCUCAAGCUUUUCUCGCCCAUACUUAAUUGGCGAAGCAACAGCCCGCAUAAAAUACAAUCUUUACUACUUUCGCGUAAAUUACGCAAUGAUAAUCCUCUUUAUUCUAUUUCUUAGCCUAUUAUGGCACCCAUUAUCAAUGAUUGUCUUCUUAAUAAUUUUUGUCGCCUGGUUCUUUCUUUACUUCUUUCGCGACCAACCUCUAACGAUCCUCCGCCGUACGAUUGAUGAUCGCGUGGUUCUUGGAGUGCUGUCGGUUAUUACCAUUGUGGCGCUGGUCUUUACACACGUGUGGUUAAAUGUUUUGGUUUCGGUUGUAAUUGGAGUUGUGAUUGUUGUUUUGCAUGCUGUUAUUAGAAGAACUGAAGACUUGUACUGGGAUGAACAAGAUGUUGCUGAUGGUGGGUUGUUUUCUGUUGUGGGUAGUCCUCCUACGACAACUGGAUACACUCGUAUUUGAGCACCAAUCCGUGGACGAGUGAUUUUUAUUUUUGAUUGGUUAAUUAUAUCUAGAAUUCUUUCUUUCCUUUUUGUUAUGUUUUUCUUUUAAAGUUAUUUUUAAGUAUAUAUGUCAUAUUUGUGAAUUUCCUACUGCGAAUUUAGUUUUAAUCUACCACGCAAUGCUUUUGUCU